AUAACAGUUAUUGAGGUUAGGAAUUACAACUAUCAUGGGAAUUCUUGGACUUUCCAAACUUAUUUGCGACAAAGCGCCGUCUGCAGUAAAAGAGAAUGAAAUAAAGAAUUAUUUCGGGCGUAAAGUCGCGAUUGACGCGUCGAUGGCUGUUUAUCAGUUUCUUAUUGCAAUUCGUCAAGACGGGAACCAACUAACGAACGAGGAUGGUGAAGUAACGAGUCAUAUCGCUGGGUUGUUUUACCGCACCAUACGUUUGCUUGGGAACGGCAUUAAGCCUGUGUUUGUGUUUGAUGGUAAACCUCCGCAGAUGAAGUCAGGGGAACUGGCAAAGAGAGCAGAACGAAGGGAACAAGCUGAAAAAGAACUUGCAAAGGCACAGGAAAGUGGAGAGGCGGCAGACGUGGAAAAAUAUUCUCGUCGUUUGGUGAAAGUGACGCGAGAACACAUGGAUGAUUGUAAGAAGCUGUUACGUUUGAUGGGGAUACCUGUCGUUGAGGCGCCGACGGAGGCUGAAGCUCAAUGUGCAUCGCUUGUCAAGUCAGGUAAGGUGUAUGCGACGGCUACAGAAGACAUGGAUGCUCUAACUUUCCAUUCAAGCCGACUUCUAAGACAUCUUACGUUCAGUGAAGCGAGAAAAAUGCCAAUUCAGGAGUUCGUUUAUGAAAAAGUAUUGGAAGAAAUGGAGAUGACGCACGAACAGUUUGUAGAUUUGUGUAUUUUACUCGGAUGUGAUUAUUGUGAGCAUAUAAGAGGUGUUGGGCCAAAACGGGCGUAUGAUCUUAUUAAGCAAUAUCGUAGUAUUGACGAAAUAUUGAAGAAUAUUGAUUUGAAGAAGUACACAGUUCCUGAUGGUUGGGUUUAUAAAGAUGCGCGGCAACUCUUCCUUGCUCCGGAUGUUGCUGCUUCGGAAGAUGUGGAGCUAAAAUGGAACGACCCAGAUGAGGAGGGUAUUGUUAAAUUUAUGGUUGAGGAAAAAGGGUUCAACGAGGAUCGAGUUAGAAGCGGGAUCAAGAAGAUCUUACAAAAUCGUCAGAAGAGUACUCAAGGAAGAUUAGAUGAUUUCUUCAAAGUACUUCCUUCGACUCCAAAGACAAAGAAACGGAAAUCCGACACGAAGAUAAAAUCCGAGUCCGCAAAAAAACGAGCAAAAGGAGGAUCAGGUUUUCGAAAGCGCUGAAGUUUUACUGGUUGCGCUUAAAAUAUGUUCCUACAUACUUGGCUAUUUCCAUCUGAAAGCAACGAUUUUUAUGUCCAACUAAAAGGAUUGUGUAAAAAGCUUGCUAAUUAGAAGUGACAGCUUUUUAGUUCUGUCCUUAUUGGCUAUAUAUCUUAGAUGUUGCUUGUUGCGACAUCUUAUAAAAUUCAUAGCACCUAACACUCAAAAGCUGUUGUUUUUUCUAUAUUUCGGCGCCUUUUUUAUAUUUAUCAUGAUACCAACAUAAAACAAAUGAAACUUCACAAACUGCCAUGUUAGUUAAAUUAAUGAACUUUUUUUAUGAUAAUGGGUAUUCUGUUUCAAUGAUACUGUGCUACCACUGCCACAGUUGUACAUAUCAUGUGUCAUGACAAUAUAGGCACCAAACCUGGGGUGGCAGGGUGGGCAAGCCUAGCCUAGAAUUUUCUGCAUCGUAAUAUUCCAUAAACAUUACAACAAAUAAUGUGUCUAGCCACCUCAGCCUACCCUGCAUUUUUUAGAGUUUGGUGCCGAUCUCAACAACCCUAUGUUUCAGAUAUUAAUAUAAUAAAGAUAUGUCUACCACGUUCCCUUCCUUUACCCCAAAAACUUUGGACCCUCUAUGGUUCAGUAUGGGUGAUUCUGUUGUGGAUGAGUUUGAACUCAGCUUUUUGGAGAAGAAAUACGCAAAAUGGAUACGAGGCGCCGUGGAAAAAGACAAGGAUACUCACUUUAUUGGGAAAAAACCUGAAACAGUAACACUAACGGAGGGAGAAGGGGAAGCAGAAUCGGAUGAAAGUGAGGAGGAAGAAGAAACGGGAAACCGGUUCCCGGAUUCUCCUGAGGAGCAAAACCCUGGGAUUGAGGAUCAAGAUAUCACCCUUGAAACAACAGAUGAUGGAAAUGAUAACAACCCAUGGGUUGUAUAAAGCAACAUACAAGUGUUGUUCAUGUUAUAUACUGUAGCUGCCAGGGAUAUUAUACUAUAGACAUAUCACUUCAACUGUUCAACACUUGUCUAUAUUAAUGUAUACCAUGAACAUUAUACUUAUGUUUUGGCUUUUCCAACGAUAAUUGUGGUUUGGCAAAAUUCCUACCAAAAAAAAAAUCAGAAAGUGUUGCUAAUGGCAAUACUUUUACCCAGUUUCAAUUUGUUAAUGUUUAGACAGUUUACACUGUUAAAAAUUACAAACUAUUAUGUGACUGAUUAAUGAACAUAUUGUAACAUAUUUUAUGUGGGGUAAGAUGGGAUACUGUUAGCACCUAAAUCCCCUAUUUCCUGAUCAUGUUUUUAACAAUUAACAACAGUGUUUGAGAAUACGGUUAUAUAAUUCUGUAAAUAUUUUUUGUUUAAGUUGGACAUGAAAAGAGAAUGAAAACAUGUCCCAUUUUACCCCAACCUACUAUAUCGUAAUUUAUUUUAAUAUCAAAUGUUCUCUUUAAAGUCUUUAUACUUAAAUUAGUUUCUUGCAACACAAGGUUGAAUUUCACCUAUAAAUGUGUUCACUGUUUUGUUUUUCUCCUUCAUUUACUCCAACGGUCAAUUACUGUUUAUUUUUGCCGCCGAGUGGUGGCGCUAGAGGUCAUUAUUUCAAACAUCUUACUCACUAAGCAUCAAUUAGAUUAGUAAAAAAUUUACCCUCAAAUAAUUGUUGCAAUACUUUAUUUUGCGUUCUGUUUCAGA